GAACUCGAUGAGGUUUAAAUACUAAAGAAAAGUAGUAGCCACUAGCGGAGUGAAGAAAGUUCUUUGCUCUCCUCUCCUCUCCUCUCCUCUCCUUCUCUUGCCGUCGAAAAAUAAUAGUCAAAUCUUCCACCCUUUUAUCCAGACUCAGUCUUCUUCACCACCAUAUCUUCCGCUUUCGCUUACAGCAAAGCUUCCCUAAGUUUUCCUCUUUCUGCUUGUUGUCAAAGCUAUGGGAGGUAAUGGAAAGCACAGAUGGAAAAUCUCUUUCUAUCAUAGCUCUAAUUCCAAACCCAAACCAACUGAUCCUCCAGGAGAGUUUCUUUGCCCCAUUUCUGGGUCCCUAAUGUCCGACCCGGUUGUUGUUACCUCCGGCCAGACCUUCGAGAGACUUUCUGUUCAGGUUUGCCGUGACCUAGGUUUCGUUCCUCCUCUAGACGACAACUCUAUUCCGGAUUUCACUACUCUUAUCCCCAAUUUAGCCAUCAAAUCAACGAUUCUUAAAUGGUGUGAUACUUCCGGCGCCGAACACCCUCUCCCGCCCGAUCACAGCUCCGUCGAAAAAAUCGUCCGUAAGAAAAUGAUGGAAUCGAGAACUUCAAACCCUGAUAUUAGAGUUUCUGAAAGGGAGCUGCUGAAAGGCGUGGCGGAGAAUCCUCCGGUUUUAUUCUCGCACGCGGCAACCGAGUUGGCUCACCGACCCAACCAUUUCUACUCGAGCUCCUCUGAGGAAUCGGUGAUUGUUAACAAUGAAGCCGCUAGCCCGUUUACUCCGCUGCCGCUUGCGACUCGGCCAGCAUGUUAUACUUCGUCGUCUAACUCGUCAUCAGAAAUUGCAGAAGUCGAAACCCUAACCCUAUCACAGAAUCCUAAUCCUGCAGAUUCCGGUUCCAACUCUUCCCUACCUGAAGAAGAAGAGAUUAUGGUUAAGCUGAGAAGCACUGAAGUACACGAGCAAGAAGAAGCGGUAAUCGCGUUGAGAAAGCUUACCAGAGCCAGAGAGGAAAUCAGAAUUCCAAUCUGUACUCCUCGACUACUCAAGGCUCUCCGUUCCUUGAUUGCCUCGAGAUACUGCGUCGUGCAAACAAACGCUAUCGCUUCAUUGGUAAAUCUAUCGCUGGAGAAAGUGAACAAAAUUAAAAUCGUACGGUCAGGAUUUGUUCCUUUGUUGAUUGAUGUAUUGAAAGCGGGAUCCAGUGAACCGCAGGAACACGCCGCCGGUGCACUCUUCAGUUUAGCUUUAGAAGACGAUAACAAGAUGGCAAUUGGAGUAUUAGGCGCAUUACAACCAUUGAUGCACGGUUUAAGGGCUGAGAGUGAGCGAACUCGCCAGGACUCGGCUCUGGCUUUAUAUCAUUUGAGUCUCAUACAAAGCAAUCGAGUCAAGCUAGUGAAAUUCGGCGCUGUGCCUACACUACUCAGCAUGUUAAAAACGGGUGACUUGGCGAGUCGGUUGUUGCUAGUUUUAUGCAAUUUGGCUGCUUGCAACGAAGGGAGAUCGGCAAUGUUAGACGGAAAUGCGGUGGCGAUUUUGGUGGGAAUGCUGAAGGAGGAAAAUGAGCAGGCUGACUCAGAAGCGAUCCGGGAGAAUUGUGUAGCGGCAUUAUUUGCAUUGAGUCAUGGGAGCUUAAGAUUUAAAGGGCUGGCUAAGGAGGCAAGAGCAGUAGAGGCGUUGCGGGAAAUAGAAGAGAGAGGGAGCCAGAGAGCGAAGGAGAAAGCAAAGAAGAUUUUACAGAAGAUGAGAGGAAGAGGUGAGGAAGAUGAAGAGACUGAUUGGGAAGGGGCAUUGGAAUCUGGUGGACUAAGCCGGUCACGGUACCGAGUUGUUGCGGCGGGUAGAGAUCUUCAUUCCCCAAACUCGUCCAAUUUCUGAUCGUUGUAAAGUUAGUAAUUAUUUUUUUAUUAUUUAAGAUAGGAAAUGGAUGUGUUUUUAAUUUAAAUUUUUUCUUUUUGAGUUAUUAAUUGAUUGUAAUCAAGGUAGGGGGUUUUAAGGUUAUGACUUUAUGAGUUGUACAUGGAUAUAUGUAUUUUUGAAGAGUGAUUAAAGAACACAAGUCAGAAGAAACAUUUGGUUUUUGUUCAA